AUGUCAUCACGCAAGGUCCGCGUCAAGAAGUUGAGCGUCAAGACGACGCUCCCCGUCCUUCGCGAAGACCAGAUCGAUCCCUCCGAGUACGAAGCCCUCACAACCGAGAACCAAAUCGCGACCGGCGUCGAGCAGGCCGAGGAAAAUGAAUACCAUCUGCAAACCAUUCUCAAGGAAGCGGGUACAAGCAAUGACCAAGAAAUUCCCGUUCCGCCUCCCCAGGAGAGCGACAUCAACUAUGAUGAGCUCUAUCCUGUUCCCUUUCAUAAACCUUCCUCUUAUAUCCGCUUCUCCCAGACUGUCGAGGAAUGCAUCACAUGUCUCUAUGACAUGACCACCGAAGAUGAUGAGUUCCUCAAGCAGUACAAUAGUAAACCCCCUGCUGCCGGCCUCCUCUCCGAAGAUGACUUUGAACGCAUCAUGGAGGUGUUUGAGGACACCGCCGCAGAGCAGACUCCAUUUGCGUCAGUCGACAAUACUGUUGCCGCCUAUGACAUGAUGGUUCCAGCUCUUAACCACCUUGGCUCACCAGUCUUGAUGCACCAUGCAAAACCGGUGUACGAGUACUGGAAGUCAAGACGGUUGGAAGCUGGCAACAAACCUCUGCAUCCCACCCUCAAGUUCGAGACUCACCAGGAGACUGAUGAUGCGGACCCCUUUGUCUGUUUCAGACGGAGAGAGGCUCGGCAAACUCGAAAGACGCGAGCUCGUGACAACAAGAUCGCAGAAACUCUCAAGAAACUGCGGCGCGAGCUUGAAGAUGGCCGGCAAUUGGUCCUCAUGGCAUACGAGCGCGAGAUGCUGAAGCGAGAGCUUCUGACCAUGGAUCGUGCUGUCUUUGAGGAGAGGGCAAGGCUCAAGGGGAUUAAGCUUCGGUUGGGGAUCAAAGGAGAGGACGAAGAUCUCGUCAACCAGAAGCCACAAAAGAGAAAGCCUGUGGAUGCGCCAGUGGUGCAACGACCGCCUGGCGUCCAUCUGCGGCAACCUGUGCGGUCGGAUGGUAGAACACUCGACGCCGAUCUCGUCCAGCUGGCAGACAAGCUGGCAGAGAAGGACAAUGAGCUGCGACUUGACAUAGAAAUGAAGGUCCAGAACCACCGCAAGUGGAACCAGAACCAUAUUGAUCUCACUCGAGAUCCGCUCUCGCCUGUCAAGGACCAGGGCAUAGAGCUCAAGUUCCGACCGGCCAAGACGCAAUACUUGAUGACGCCUCCCGCGUCGAAUUCUUCAGAAAUGGAUGUGGAUGAGGACGCACCUGAUGCUAUGCAACUGGACAAGCGUGAGCCGCCCGUCUUUCAGUUCAGCGCUGGAUCGAGUGAGCCACCUCGGAACAACCAUCCAGCGUUCCGUCGACGAAUUGGCCGACUGAACCGACUCUGGAUCGACCGAAGAGGCAUGGUGACGCCACCGCGGGAGAUGAGUGACGAACAGUCAGACCGGUGGAAGUACGACUCAGACUCUGAUGAUGACGAGCCACCGGUGUAUGAGGUCGAUCCGUUUGACACUCGAGCGCUCAAGUUUAGAGCGACGAUUCCACUCAAUCCAUAUAUAAGCAGUGGCGGCAGCGCAAGCGCAGGCUGCAGCACAAGCUGGAAACCGUGGACUACCGUCGGCGGCAGCAGUGGCAGCGCAUGCCCACGCUCAAGCCCAUGCGCAAGCGGCAGCUCAAGCGCACCUGGCAGCGCAAGCGCAAGCUAA